GAGCAGACGACAGGUGCGUGCGCAUACGCAAGGUCAUACAAAUAUUGCUUCCGGACUUGCGCAUUUAUUCCGGCCUUCUUCACCGACACCAAAACCAGACAGAAUCUUAAAUACAUUCAUCCCAAAAACAAACGAUGGGAGUACCAAAGGUUGGAAUCAACGGAUUUGGUCGUAUUGGUCGUCUUGUUCUACGGGCAUGCAUUGAUGCUAAAGUACCCGUUGUUGCAGUGAACGACCCUUUCAUCUCUCUUGAAUAUAUGGUGUACAUGUUCAGAUAUGACUCAACUCAUGGACGUUUCAAGGGGGAGGUGUCAAUGCGUGACGGCAAACUGAUUGUCGAUGGAAGUGCCAUUGAUGUUUACUGCAAGCGUGACCCUGCAGAGAUCCCAUGGGGCGACAGUGGAGCAGAGUAUGUAGUGGAGUCCACUGGAGUGUUCACUGCAAAGGAGAAGGCUUCUGCCCACUUCAAGGGUGGAGCCAAGAAGAUCAUCAUUUCCGCCCCAUCCGCUGAUGCUCCAAUGUUUGUGAUGGGAGUGAACCACACUAAGUACACAUCCGAUCUGGACAUUGUCAGCAACGCCUCCUGCACAACCAAUUGUCUUGCUCCCCUCGCAAAGGUCAUCAACGACAACUUCGGUAUUGUUGAGGGUCUCAUGACAACAGUGCAUGCUUACACUGCUACACAGAAGACAGUGGAUGGACCCAGUUCAAAGGACUGGCGCGGAGGCCGUGGUGCAGCCCAGAACAUCAUCCCCUCAUCAACUGGUGCUGCCAAGGCUGUUGGCAAAGUGAUCCCAGAGCUCCAAGGCAAGUUGACCGGAAUGGCUUUCCGUGUCCCAGUUCCUGAUGUAUCAGUUGUUGAUCUCACAGUCAGACUGGAGAAGGGGGCAUCUUAUGAAAAGAUCAAGGAGGUUGUCAAGAAUGCCUCUGAGAAUGAGAUGAAGGGAAUCCUUGGAUACACCGAUGAAGAUGUUGUAUCACAGGACUUCCUUGGUGAUGCCAGAAGCAGUAUCUUUGAUGCUAAGGCUGGCAUUGCUCUUACCGAUAACUUUGUGAAACUUGUUUCAUGGUAUGACAAUGAGUACGGCUACUCCAACCGUGUAGUCCAGCUGAUACAGUACAUGUCGAGCCAAUAAACACAAAGAACAUUAACAUGUUUAAGUAUUAGCAACCAAAACUGUUUUGCUGAAUACUUCAAAACUGGUAACUUGCCUCUCUUACAGUUGUCCUACCAGUGGCUCAAUGUACAUGUGUGUGUUGAAGUUUAUUCAACCAAAAGAAAGUAUCUUGCAGGGUAAAAAAUGAGUCCCUUAAAAAAACAUCACUUCAACACACAGUUGUUAGUUUGAUAAUGUUAACCCUUCAUAUAAAUCUCUUCAGAGCUAAAGAGUGGUGCUUAAGAUCUGAGAUUGUGACGGUAUCGCUCCAAAGAACUUGGUGUGCCAUAAAAACUGUGGAGAAUACAAGUGCUAGUUUAUACAGGAGUUUUCCUUUUGUUUUUCCUUUGAUGUAUAAGCAGUGAGUUCAUACCUGUACUACUAAUGGUCUCUGUAAUAAAAGAUGUCCUUGUUGG